CAACUGCAUAGAGACAUCAGCUGAUCAGUGGCGAAGGAUUUGCGGCGAUUUUAUCAUCGUCGAGAGGUCUAAAUUACGCCGACAGAAUGGCUUCGUUGAAGUGCUUGAGAUCGUUACGGCAGGUUGUCUCCAAUGCCUUGGCGACGAGAAGUAUCACAACAUCAGCGCCAGCUGCUGCACAGCAGAUGACAGUGCGGGAUGCCUUAAACGCUGCCCUCGACGAGGAACUGGGUCGCGACGAGAAGGUGUACAUCAUGGGGGAAGAGGUGGCACUCUACGACGGAGCCUACAAAGUAACGCGGGGGCUGUACGAGAAGUACGGCGAGAAGAGGAUACGAGAUACGCCCAUCACGGAGAUGGGCUUUGCUGGGAUAGCUGUGGGCUCGGCCAUGGCUGGGCUCAGACCCAUCUGUGAGUUCAUGACCUUCAACUUCGCCAUGCAAGCCAUCGAUCAGGUCAUCAACUCGGCCGCCAAGUCUCACUACAUGUCAGCGGGCCAGGUGACCGUACCAAUCGUCUUCCGCGGACCCAAUGGUGCCGCGUCCGGCGUAGCGGCCCAGCACUCCCAGUGUUUCGCGGCGUGGUACGGCCACUGCCCUGGCUUGAAGGUUGUCAGUCCUUAUUCCUCAGAGGAUGCCAAGGGACUCCUCAAGACAGCAAUCAGGGACGACAAUCCAGUUGUUGUACUUGAGAACGAGCUGCUUUACGGCACGGCCUUUGACAUGUCGGAUGAAGCCAUGCGAGACGAUUUCCUGGUCCCCAUCGGCAAGGCUAAGAUCGAGAAGGAAGGAACGGACGUGACCCUAGUGGCUCACAGUAUGAGCGUGCAACGGUGUCUGGAAGCAGCUCAGCAGCUGCAGUCAGAGGGGGUCUCUGCUGAGGUGAUCAACAUGCGUACCAUCAGGCCAAUGGAUGAAGAGGCUAUUGUGAAAUCCGUCAAGAAAACCAACCACCUGGUGUCUGUGGAGGGUGGCUGGCCGCAGUUUGGUGUCGGGGCAGAAAUACUGGCCAGAGUCAUGGAGAGUGAAGCCUUUGACUACCUAGAUGCCCCAGCUGUGCGUGUGACUGGUGCCGACGUUCCCAUGCCCUACGCUGCCUCAUUGGAACAGGCCAGCUUAGCGACGGCAGCAAACAUAGUCAACACGGUCAAAAGAUUGCUGCUGGUUGAAAACAAGCAAUCCGUGCAACACUGACACUAAACAGGGUUUAUAAGAAAGUGUUUUAUAUUGAAAUUUGUUAACUAAGAUGCCAGAAUAUAAUCUCUGUGCCCAGAUGACCUCCAGAUGUAUCAAAAGUCCGCCCAGAGGUUUUGAAGAGUUUCAAAGGAUUUGGGAUGGUACAACUCUGCUAUUAAACUUAAAUAUAAUGGAUGUCUCUGAGGGUGUUCUUUAUUAUAAUUUAAUAACAAUAAAUGCACCAAAGGUAUGCUAAUGCUUACGCUAAUGAUACUAUAGGUUUUCCCGGCUAUUUUAAAACAUUUUUUCAUUCAAAUUCACCAACUCUAACAUUCCAUUUCGUUUGGGAAAAAUUUCACACGCUUUUACAAAGACCAAUGUAGUAAUUUACCAUUCAAUUUCAAAGUUUAGUCACCCUCUGUAGUCACCGGGGCGAGACUAUUCGUCAUUGCAGAUCACAUUCGUCUAAGCUGUUGCCGAAUGACAGCAUUCAGAGAACGAAUUCGUCUUACAUGUAUAUAAAUCAAUUAGACAAAUUUGAUUUCUGAUUACCGUGUUUAGCGUAGAUGAGACAAAAUCGAAUACCCCGGGAUGAAAACGGGUGCUUAUUGUUUGAAUUUGCUUGAACUGAAUUUGAAAUUGUCUGACAAAAGACGAAAAUUAAACAUUGGAAGUGCACUAAAUCGAUGUUGAUUGACAAAUUUGAAUAUUAGAAACAGUAAAUUUGAAUGACAAACGUUUUAAAAUAGCCAGGAAACCUAUAUUACUCGUCCUGCGAGCAUGAGUGGAACAGGGAAUAAUGUAAUGCGUCUGUGUCCCACAUGGCAUGUGGGACGCAGACGCACUACAUUUUUCGUGUUCCACGAGCGCGAUUUUAUGAAUGACUAUUAGUGCUAGUGCUGACAUUUCAGUUGGUUAUGUGCAUGAAUUUGUAGGCGUGACUGAGCCUUUGUGUAGCAAUACAAUGUGUGACUCUACCCGUCAGAAAAUAUAACUAUAUCUAAUAAUACAGAGAGGGUUAAUUUGUUUGCACUGAUUAUAGUUUACCACUGUUUAAUUAGUCCUAUUUCAUAUUUAAUUUACUGUUGUAUAUAGUACAAGAUCUGAAUAAGUAUAGAUAUAUUGACCCUGGUCAAUACCAAUUGAAUGCGUUUGAAUUAAAAUGAAAAAAUAAAUUGGACUUACAAUUUA